AUGCCAUUUAGUGCUAACAGGGAGAAACAAAGAAACAAGGAUAAACAAGAUGACUUGGAUGAAACUGCCUUGGAUUAUGAAGCUAUGGACAAUGAUGAUGAUGAUGAUGAUGAUGAAGGAGAAACAGCCAAGAAGAGCAAUGGCACAGUGAAUGAAGAACCCAAAAGCCAUGACCAGUCUCCCAUUGCAAAUGAGGGUGCAGCAGCUGAGAAAGAAGAAGAAAAAAAUACAGUAAAGGAUCAGAAGAAGGAUGAAGCAAGUGAUCUUAAGAAGGGGAGCAAGGAUCGCAGUGGCAGGGCUCACUCUCAUGACCGAAGGGCAAGGGACCGCUCCAGGUCCCGUGACAGACGCCAGGACAGGUUUCGCAGCAGAAGGGACCGCUCCAGGGAGAGGCAGAACAGACCCCGUGACAGACGGGGACGUUCAAGGGAUAGAAACAACCGUCGUGACCGGUCAAGGGACAGGUCACGUAAUAGAUCAAGGGACAGGUCACGAGACCGAUCCAGGGACAGGUCAAGGGACAGGUCAAGAGACAGGUCAAAGGACAGGUCAAGAGAUAAGAGAGAUAGGUCCCGCAGUAGAGAUAAGACCAAUGAGAGAAGGAGAAAGUACUCUUCUGGAAGUGAUAGCAGUGAUAGUGAUUGA